AUGAGUAAAAAGUUCAAAUCGCAGGCCUCCAGCAGUCGCGCUGCUGCUGGCGCCUUUGGAUCUUUUGGCGGCUUCUCUGGCGCUUUUUCGACUGAAGGGAAAGACCCAUCUGCCCUCACAUACAUUGCGGAGCCGCCAGAUCUUUCUCGUAUCGCGGAGCAGCAACUAGUCAUCGCAUUCAAGAAUUUGCUCAAAAAAGAUGAGAUCACACGCACCAAGGCCCUGGAGGAGCUGAAGGAUUACAUCUUGAAUGUCGAGGGGAGACGUGGGACGCUCGAUGAUGGAUUCUUGGAGGCAUGGGUGAAAAUCUAUCCUCGAGCCUCAAUUGAUCUAUCUCGGAGAGUUAGACAGCUGUCUCAUGGAAUUCAGGGCGCGAUUGCCGGUCUUGUUGGCAAGCGAAUUGUGCCACAUCUCCCCAAGGUAAUCGGAGCAUGGCUAGCGGGCUUGUAUGACAAUGACCGGCCAGUCCAUCGAUCGGCCCUUGAAUCUUUUAUCAAAGUCUUCUCGACUGAGAACAAGAGAAGCAACGUGUGGAAGAUCUAUCAAGCUUCAAUCCUGGACUUUGUAGAGGAUGUCAUUCUCCACCAAACGUCUCUCACCCUGAGUGACGAGAGAACUGUCAAGCGGGAUGAUGCGGAGGCAAAAUACGCGCGCGUCGCUGGCGCUGCCAUUCUACUUUUCAGUCGCAUAAUAGGUAAUUCGGCAGAUGAGGACCUCCAAAAGAACGCCCCAGAAAUUGAGAAUUUGUUGGGCAGCAAGUCUCUCUGGGCUUUCUGCCAUGAUGAUGAUCCAUAUGUGCGCCGCUCUAUAUAUAUCCUCUUGCGCUCGGCAGUUUCCCGGGAGCCUGGAUGGCUCGACUGGAAGAUUCUCAGCGCGGCUAUUAUUGGGAAAUCUUUGUCAAUCCCGCAGCUUGGAUCUGCGCCCGAUCUAUCAGAGUCUCUGCUCCAUUUAACCUCGUCAAGACCGCAAGUGUGGACAGAGGAUUAUACUGGAAAGACUUCCUCCUCCAAAAGGCUGCGCCAGUACAUCCAGAAAGGAUCCCAGGGUGGCUCUGGUAGUUUCUGGUCGAACUUGGAUCAAUUACUUCGAAUCAUCCCCGUGGAGAUCUUGGUAGGAGCCGACAAAACAUCUGCUGAAGGAGCAAUGAGUUUGUCCAGCGCGAUCACCUUGACAGAAUCUCUUCAAGAAGGCCUCACUUCAAGAGAGGAGCCUCGCCAAAAUCUCACCACUGGCUGGAAAUCCUACAUUCAGAUUGGAAUGUGGCUUGCAACUCUCAUACCUCAAGAUCAAAUAUCGGAGUUCCUCCAAAAAAGAAUUUCUCCUUUGGUCCUGCACUAUGUGCAGCCUAAUCCCAACCUGACAACAUGGUCACUCCAGGCCCAGUCGGCUGAGGGUAUCUGUGUCGACUAUCUUGCCACUCUGGUUUCACAAGGACAGGAUCAAGAAAUACAGUUGCUAUGGACCAACCUGUCGAAUGAUCUACUGGAAGCGGUGAAAAUCUCCUCGCCAGAGCAAUCGAAGGACUUCCGCUCAUCUCAGGACUCAGUAUGUGCCCAAGCAAAACGGCUUUUUGCUUUGGAGUCGGCAGUGUUUUCAAGAGCUGCGGAUACCGAGAAGGAAGCUCGGGUGCUGGGGAUUUUUACUACACCCAGUUUGACCCUCCUUGAGAACUGCCUGCAAGUUUUACGCGCCCGCAAUGGCAAACCCUACGGAGCGGCUGGCGUGGUGGAGGAAUGCGUCCGCAACAUGCCAUUGAUCUCCCAAAAAUCCCAGGGUUUUCUCAAUUUUGUUAAAACCGAUGCCUCGGAGCUCUUGCUUUCGCCGUCAGCCGAUCGGCUGAUUUCGAUUACUUUAGCAUGUCGGGAGUGGGAUGGGUUCACGUCCAGCUUCGAGAACAUUGUGGAGCAAGCUUUGGAAUUGGAGCCAGAGCAGUCGAACGCUCAUGUGCUUCAAAGCCUGCUCUCGACCCUCAAUUUCAACGAAGUCGAAGACAAAGCCAAGCUUACCUCGCUUGUGAUGAGGGCCUUGAAUAAGGCUUGUCGAGGGAGUCAUCCUCACUGGCCAAUCGUCAUUGCUGUUCUUCAGAACCAAACGUCGCGUGGUGAAUUGAAUAAUCAAAUAUUCUUGUCAAUUAUCGGUUCAUUGUCCACUGACGAUACGGAUUUUAAUACCCUGCACGGACUGGCUCAAAUAACGAAGACCGUCCCGAUCGCAGCUCGGGAGUUCCAGAGCGGAAGUCAUGGCUCCAAGCUAGCAGGAAAACUGCUAUACCUCACCGAGUCUCCGUCCGAGGAGGUGGCAAGCCUGGCUGAGUCAUUGGUGAAGUCCUUGAAGGAGACAGCUGUUGGCGAUGUGAGCGCCAGGUCGAGCAUUGAAGUCCUCCAGCAUGGCUUCAAUAACGUAAAUGAGGAAUCACUAUCUAUCGAGUCGCUUCUUGCAAUUGCAGAAGAGCUGCUACAGGGUACUCAGGACGAGAAAGCACCCAGCACGAUCAAAGAUGUCCUACCUUCUCGGAGCUCUUGGGAAAAGGCGUUGAGCCCUUUUCUUCAGCUUCCGCCCCGCCCCUCUACAGCGAUAACAAGCCCCUUGGGCGGCAUCAUUCAUCUGGUGCAGCGUGAGCUAUCAGAGUCGUUAAAGUCAUUACUGCUGUCCAUUCCUCGAGAUUCAUCGCAUUGCUCCGCUGCAUUCCGCCUAGCAACCUUCACGACCAGAAUCCUGUCUUCACUUGAUAUAGUCAAUCAGCUAGACAAGGAGGAUUUGGAAACGCUUUUCUACUUUUUGCCAGUGGCUAUACAGCUUAUUGAUGACGACUUGAGCAUCGAAAACUGCAAUGGCAUUUCUGGUCUCGAGCUGGCCGACCAACGGGAGGAGUACAUGGAGACCGUUUUCAAUGGUCGAAAGGUGUUGGAGGGUCUCGACGGCGUGUCUCCCGUGGAUUAUCGAGUGGGAGAGGCCUUCGUGAAGAUAAUGACAUCAAUGGAUUCCAUUGAAACAUCCAAGUCAUCAGACGAUGUUGCAAAGCUCUGCAGAGAGGCUCGAACAGCAAACGCUAUUCGUUCAGCCUCCUGGUUCGCCGUUCUGAGGAGCUCAAUUCUAUCCAAUCCUGUUGGAAACCGAAUCUGCAACGAACUGGUCGCCGAUUCUACCGGUCUCAAACCCCAGGAUGACUCACAGGAUGGUCUUCGGAAACUGGCGCUACUCAAUAUCCUGCUCUCUGGAGAGGAAGACGUUGUCUCGAACAUUCCAACGCAGCGAUUGGUGUUCCUCACAAAGCACCUGAUCGAGUGUCUUCAGUCUGACUGGCGAUCUUUCGGUUUAAGGGCCGAAAUCGUCAAGAACUUGGUAUUUAUUCUUCCGUGCCUUGGUGAGAUAUAUGGCUCUCAUUGGGAAGAAAGCAUGGAGAUUCUGAGCGUGGUGUUCAGAGAGACCAACGGAGGCGAAGAGGCUCUACCGUUGCUGGUGCCAUCAUUCCGGCUCUUCAACCGACUCAAGUCUAUUGCUGAAGGCGACAACAAUGAUGAUGUCCAGGAUGCUUGGUCAGAGCGAAAGACUGGGCUUUUCAACGACUUGGCCUCUACCAUUGACAAAUUCGAUUCGGCGACUACCUUCCACCAGCCCCGGGAUGUGGCUGUUGAGCUGCUGCGGCGAUUGAUAAAUAUUAUUCCCGUUGAGAAACUGGAGGAUGUCAGCGAGACGUUCCAUCUUCUGACUGCCCACAGCCGAGCAGUCCAACGAACGGCCUAUACGAUCCUCCAUCGCUACAUUCCCCAGGCUCAAGAGCAGGUCUCCUUUGACGUGGCUUUGUCGAAGACGGCGGUCAGUCUUCCGGAUGAGCUUGUAUCUUUACUGCUUGAACCCCCGACCAUGCGGAUGGUCUCUUCUUCCUUUGGAGAUGACAAAAUGUGGACCAGCAUGAGAUCAUACCUCCUGAGUUGGAAGGUGAUUUUUGACCAUUUCUCGAAUGCGUCGCUUCCCGUCCAAGAAUACUACACCACCAAUAUCAAGGAAAAUAAUAUUCUGAACCCGCUGCUUGAAUUCACUUUCGACUUCCUGCAAAAGUCGCACGGAAAGAUCAUUGAUGCAUCCAAGUUCGAGGUUCGGUCCUUUGAGCCAGAUCAGUCCGAGACGGCAGAGAGAGAGACCCAAUGGCUUCUGGUGCAUCUAUACUAUCUGUGCCUGAGGCAUUUGGCGAACAUGACCAAGAAUUGGUGGAUCGACACCAAAAAGCGCAUCAAGGGGCCUGUCGAAGCCUGGACGGAGAAACAUAUCUCCCCACUUAUAAUCGAAGAUGCGCUGCAAAACGUGACGGACUGGGUGGCCACCCAAGAUCCGAACGAAGAGCGAGCCCUCGCCGUGAAGAUCUCUCCUAAGACCGGAGAAAUCAUCGCCAGCAUCCCCGUCGAUGAGGAAUCGCCCCCGGUCUCCAUCUCGAUCUCUCUGCCACCCGCCUAUCCCCUCCAGUCUGCCUUGGUCGUCGGGCGCAGCCGGGUGCUCGUUGACGAGAAGAAGUGGAAGAACUGGUUGCUGACUAUCCAGGGUGUGAUCAUGUUUGCCAACGGGAGCCUGGUCGACGGCCUGCUGGCGUUCCGACGAAACGUCCAGGGCGCACUGAAGGGCCAGAGCGAGUGUGCCAUUUGCUACUCGGUCAUCUCGACGGAUAUGCAGACGCCGAACAAGCGAUGUGCCACCUGCAAGAACACUUUCCACUCUGUCUGUCUGUUCCGCUGGUUUAAGAGCAGCAACCAAAGCACUUGUCCGCUGUGCCGGAACAAUUUUGUGUAUGUCUGA